AAAUUUACAGUUUGUGAAGAUAACCCGAGCUAUGCAGAUGCUUGUCCAGAGAAAGCUGCAGUUAAGGAUUACUGUCAGGACCAAGAGAAUUUUAUGAGGAAGAACUGCCCGAAGUCUUGUGGAUUCUGUAUUAACGAGCCUGUAAAGCCUCCUGCGCCAGCUGUUUGCGAAGAUGACCCGAACUAUGCUGAUGCUUGUCCAGAGAAAGCUGAAAUUAAGAAUUACUGUCAGGACCAAGAGAAGUUUAUGAGGAAGAACUGCCCGAAGUCUUGUGGAUUCUGUUUUAACGGUGAUUAGCUUAAUGCUUUCAAUAU